AUGUCUGUCCCUCACCAAGAAAAUGUCGACGAUGCGCCCGAGAUGCUCGACGCCGACGACGCACUCGAGGAGGUCGAGGACGCCGAGGGCGAUAUCGCGAUGGACUCCGACGACGAGCAGGAGGAGAUCAACCUGCAGAACGACAGCGUAGCCUACUUCGACGCACACAAGGACUCCGUCUUCACUAUUGCACAACACCCGACACUACCCUCACUGAUCGCAACGGGCGGCAGCGAGGGCGAGGGCGACGAUGCGCCGGGAAAGGGAUACAUCUUCGACACGAGUCCAGUGGUCAGCCGACCAGUCCUCCCCGCGAGUUACAACGCCGACCCGUCUGCGGCGCAGCAGAGGAGCUUCGAGCUGAACUCGCUAUUCACGAUCGAGGGACACAGCGACUCGAUCAGCGCACUCGCUUUCACACUGCCGAGGGGAGAGUGCCUGGUCUCAGCCGGAAUGGACGGGCGACUACGCGCAUACCAACUAGCCAUCGACGCGCGGAAUAAGGCUUCCUUCAACUUCGUCGGCGAGACACGAGAGGUGGAGGAGAUCCACUGGCUGGCACCGUGUCCGUCGGAGAAAUACCCCAAUACGAUUGCGCUGGGAGCCAAGGACGGAUCGGUCUGGGUGUACACGAUCGACGCCUCGGAUUCGUCGAACCCGCUGCAGAUUGUACAGACCUACUUCCUCCACACGGGCGAGUGCACGGCCGGCAGCUGGUCGCCGGACGGCACGUUCCUCGCCACGGUGUCCGACGACGGCUCGCUGCUCGUCUGGGACGUAUGGGGGGAAGCUGCCGCAAGGGGCUUGACGCACGAGAACGGCCAGACGGUCGUCAACCUGGGUAUGGCAGACCAGCGGUUCGCAGUGGAAGGCGGUCUAUACUCGGUCGCCAUCGACCCCAAGACCUCUUUCGUAGCAGUAGGCGGCGCAGGCGGCGCGAUCAAGAUCGUAGGCCUCCCCAGACUAGGCGUCGACAGCCAGCCCAUGAGCAGCAAGCAGAGCAAAACGAAGGCAAAGGGCGCGGACGCAGGCGGCAGCCAGGGCGGUUCCAUCCUGGCCGAUCUACAAACACAAGGCGACGGCAUCGAGACGCUCAGCUUCUCGCCGACGAACCCGCUGCUGGCGGCCGGCAGCGUCGACGGCAGCGUCGCGGUCUACGACACGAGCCGGCGGUUCGCGGUGAGGCGGCACAUCCGCGAGGCGCACGAGGACUACAGCGUGGUCAAGGUCGACUGGGUGCGCGGGCUCGGCGACGGCUGGCUGCUGACGAGCUGCGGUAUGGACGGCGUGGUGCGGAGGUGGGACAUGCGCGGCGCGGCGGGCACCAAGGAGAGUAGCAUGACGAAGGAGUGGAAGGGUCACCGGGGCGAUGGCGAGGGGGGCGGUGUGUUGGGGUUUGUGCAGGGGAGUACCGGCGAGCGGAUUGUGACCGCGGGUGAUGAUGGCCUUGUCUUGGUAUUUGAGGCUUAG